UACAGACUACAGGGGGAGGGGAGAACAAAGGUUGCGAGAGUCAGCUUCGAAGAGCACAAGCUAUGAAUCUCGUAGAUUCGUCGGCGAUCGGAGGUAGAAAGUUCCGGUCUUGCUGAAGAGGGAGAGGCGAGAAGAUGAUCCGAUGGAUUAGGCGGCUGAAUGCUGCUUUUGGAGCAUCGUUUUUGUGGCUCAUUUGCUUGGUCUAUUUCACUCAGGGUUUUAGAUCCUUUGUGUGGACUGCUGUUUCAUACCAGCUCAAAGACCGUCUCAAGUUGUCACCUUCGGCCUCUCAAUUUGUUUUUUCAGUGGCAUUCUUUCCAUGGAGCAUAAAACCAUUAUACGGAAUCUUGUCGGACUGCAUUCCAAUCAAAGGAAGGAAAAGGAUUCCGUACUUGGUUUUUGCAACCGUACUCUCUCUUGUGCCAUGGCUUCUUCUAGGCCUAAAUGAUUCUUUGAGGAGUUCUAGAUGGAACCUUACGAGCUUCUUGACUUUACAAAACAUUGGGUCAGCCAUGGCAGAUGUUGUAAUCGACGCUAUGAUAGCCGAGGCAGUAAGAUUUGAGCGGGCUUCAUUUGCCGGGGACCUACAGUCAGUAUCUUGGUUGGCCAUGGCCUUUGGAGGAAUUUGUGGGAGUUUGUUAGGUGGAUAUGCACUGAGUAGUUUACAGAUAGCAACUAAUUUUCUUUUAUUUUCUAUUCUGCCAGCCAUGCAAUUGUUGUCAUGUGGUUUGGUGGAGGAAAGUAAUACAGGCAAAAAAGUUUUGCCUGAUCACUCUGAUUCUAGUAGCACAGAUGUAGUGAAUGGUAGCGAUAGUAUACUGGAUGAAGAUAGUUUUGCAGUUAAAAAAUCACAUAGUAGUGCCAAGAGAAGAAAGAAGGGCCAAAAGAACAGAAGCAGAAGGCAUGCAUCUAGUAAGUUACAGCUUCGGGAAAAAGGUGAUCCUCUGGUGGUCAAAUGGUUCCAUUCACUCAAAGAGGCAACUUACAGUCUGUGCCGAGCUUUUAGACAACCUAUCAUUUUGAGACCAAUGGCUUGGUUUUUCCUAGCACAUGUGACGGUACCAAACAUCUCGACAGUCAUGUUUUAUUACCAGACAGAGUUUCUGAAACUGGACGCAUCUUUUCUGGGAACUGCACGUGUUGUGGGAUGGUUAGGCCUCAUGUUUGGGACCUUCAUAUACAACCGAUAUCUAAAGACCAUGAAGCUUCGAAGAAUCCUCUUGUUGGCUCAACUUGGGCUAUCAUUACUAAGCCAACUUGACAUUGUUCUAGUGUCUCGUAUUAAUGUUUCCUUUGGAGUAUCAGACAAGGUUAUGGUUUUGGGUGGAUCAGCACUAGCUGAUGCAGUAAAUCAACUGAAGUUCAUGCCAUUCCUGAUCUUGUCUGGGCAGCUCUGCCCGCCUGGGAUUGAGGGUACACUGUUCGCCCUCUUCAUGUCGAUCAACAAUCUUGGGUCCACGCUGGGAUCAUUCGUGGGUGCUGGGUUGGCUUCGCUCUUGAACAUCUCUUCAGGAUCUUUCGACAACCUUCUCCUUGGCAUCAGCAUACAAAUCCUCUGCAAUUUCAUCCCCAUCGCUUUCUUGUUUUUGAUACCUAAGGAAGCCACGGGAAUAUCAGCAUAGGCAGAGAUCAUAAUCGACAUUUUUAGCAGAGUACACAAAUAGAGUUUUUACGAUGCGGUUUUCUUUUUCCAUAAAAUAAAUAGGUAGAGCCCUCUCAGAAAUCAAUUGGCUUAUGCUGAGAAGUGGUAUGAGUUGGCAGCGAUACCUUCAGGAGUCAAAGCUGACAAUGGGUCCUUCUUGUAUAACUCCAUAGUACAGUUAAUUAAGAUAUGAUGGCUGAAGCGAUUUGGUGAUCGACA